AUGUUCGACGUAGACGAACCCUCGGGAAGAAACAAGAGGGACACGGAAUCUGAGAAGAAAUCGGACGACAACGUGUCCUGCUACAAUAGCCGGGAGAGCAUGCACAAUUUCGGGAAGGGGGGAAAAGGGAGCAGCUACUGUUCUGGCGAAAGGGGCAGCUCAGGUAACUUUAAGUUGGACGACGAGGAAGAUGAUCAUGGUGAGGGGAUCAGCAAAGACAGUAGUAAGGGAAGCAACAAAAGCAGCAACAGCAAUCACAGCAGUAGUGACAAAGGUGGUGAUAAGGGGAACAUGGGGGACUACUUCGCAGGGAGGAACGCCCUGUAUAGCAAAGGCGAAGGGAAGAAAAAGGAAAAAAGCCUUAUCCGUAACGGCAGUGAAUUCUUCCUAAGCGAGGACGAGAUGAGAAGCAGCAACGUGAGCAUGGAUAUAAACUGCGAUUUGAGGAAGGUCCAGACUAAGGUGUGUGUAAACAGACACAAAACGAAAAAAAGUGGACAAGAUAAAAUUGCCAGGGAAGGGAUGCGGGUAUACAAACCCCAGGACAUCUCCCCUUUGCAAGAAAACACUUUUGCUGCGAAUAGGAGUUUCAACCAAUCGCUCAACUUGACAAAAAACGACAUAAUGUAUUUUUGCGAGGGGGGGAGGAGUAAACCUGGGCUGAAGUUAAGUAUGGGUGGGGGGACGCAUGUAAGUGGCGGAACACACAUGAGUGUUGGAACGCACGCUAGCAGCACAACGUAUCACGAGGAGGGUCCUUUCUUCAAUCAGGCAAAGCUGCGGACCGACAGGGAGAAGGUGCAGAGAAAUCCAAGUCUGGGAUGCAGUUUGAAAAAGGCAACCAGGAGUAGCGCAUACGAGGGGGGAACACGCACCAAUAGCGGUGACGCAGAUGCAGACGACUGUGGUGACAACUGCAGUGACAACAGAGCGGGAGGACUGCUCUUCGCCGAAGUGACCAAACGGUCCAUAGAAGCGAAAGGCAAAUGCAUCAACAAUAACACAAAAAUAAAGAUCAAGCGUUUGUGCGAAAAAAUAGAAGGAUUUGAAAAAGAAAUAAAAAACGAAAUUUUACAGAAGAAAAAUGUAGAGAAGGAAAAAAUCUUUGUGAUCAGGGAAGCCAUAAAUAAGUUGGAAAAGAACCUGAACAACGAAAUAAAAAAACGAAUUGAACACAAUCGAACGAUACAAAGUAUCUUCUCCUCGGAGAUACUAAAGGUGCAGGAGAAGAUCGAGCAUGUGGUGAAGGACAAAGUGGGAGAAAUUGAAAAAGCGAUCAAAGCGUUGGACAAUAAGGUGGACACCAUUGCCAGUAACAUAGAAAGUGAAAAAAUGAAGUGCAUCCAAAAUUUAGAAAAAAGGAAUAACAGCAUUGCUAGGGACUUCUCCAACCUGCAGGCUGCCUUUCAGCAAGACAAGGCGAGCAACAAGGAGAAGGAGAGCAGCAUCUGCAAGAAGUUGGAGGAACUCGAGCGGAAGUCGGAGAGCCGCAUCGCCACGGAGAAGAACAUCCGAGACAGCAAGUACCAGGAGAUAAUUUCCUACAUCGAGGAGAUCAAACGAGAGAGGAAGGGGAAGAACGAAAAUUUCCAGACGUUCGUCAUGGAAGAAAUCGCCACGAUCAAGAACGGACUGAUUCUGGAGUCACAGGCUCGCGAGGCGGCCGACGAUGACAUCGUGCAGGCGGUCAACCACUACACGAAGGCGCUGCAGGACUCGCUGCGUCUGAUCAAUUCGAAUUAG